AUGUGGAACUUUAUUUGCCAUUUAUGUACAAAUAAAUUACAAAAAAAUUUUACACCAUUAUCAAUCCAUUUAGAUUUUGAAAUCGCAGCACACAAAGCAUUUCUAAAUGUAUUUCCAUACAGCAAAAUAAGAGGCUGUAGAUUUCAUUUAGGUCAAUCUUGGUACCGAAAAAUAAAUUCUUUGUCAGAUCUUAAAAAAUUGUACAAAAAUCAGUCAUGCGAUAUCGCUAAAUGGUUAACAUUAUUUUUUGUGUUACCAUUUUUACCAUCAAAUGAAGUGGAAGAUGCUUAUUUUGAUUUACAAAACUUAACUCCAGAUUUCAAUUUGACAAUUUUAUCCGAAUUUUCUGAUUAUGUAUUUAAUAACUAUAUCAUUGAAGGAUGUCCAUUUCCACCAUCAAUUUGGGCUGAACCUCCAACAGACGCACCUCGCACCACAAAUUGCGCUGAAUCAUUUCACAAGCACUUUAACUCCCAAUUUUAUUCACCCCAUCCUCCACUGACUAGUGUAAUUGAAAAUUUAAAACUUAUACAAGUAGAAUCAAGAAGGGUAAAAUAA